CUAUGAUUGUCCACAGUGCGGACUUCGAGGUUGUCGCCUUGACCUUCAACAACCUUCUCCAAGCGCCCUUAUCGACCCUUCAGAUCUGAUAUCCCGACAAUGAUUCAACGAUGAGUUCUACAAAUUUCGCCGCUGCCCAGGAAAGGGUUCUGGAACGUCGUCGUCUCCGCGAAGCGGAAGCUCGCGCCCGGCUGGCGGAGCAGCAGCGGACGUCGCCGCUCAAUCAUCCAACCCUUCAGAGACUCCCUUAUCCUCUGAAUAAGCUGCCCCAGUCGGGUUUCUCGCUAUGGAACGCCAUCAGAGGCCGGGAGGGUAUCAGGCCUGCGUACCGCGUCGGUCAGGUCGACGCCGAACUGUUAGAUGAAGAAUUACUGGGACUGUUGAAAGGACAGGUCGGGGACGCAUUGAAAUAUUACGGGCCUCAACUACGUGAAGACUGGUCUCACGAGAUUCAAUUCGCCCUCCGUGCGAUCCUUUUCAAGCUCUCGAUAUGGGACCACGAUGCCUCCUAUGGCGCGGCGUUACAGAACCUAAAAUACAUUGAUAGUCGCAGCAAAGGACCUGUGCAUUCGGCUCCGACAAAGUGGCAGAAAUCCCUAUAUGGUCUGCUUACGGUCGGUGGCCGCUACGCUUGGGGGAAAUGGGAAAGCUGGCUGAUCAACCAAGAGAGCGGAUACGAAGAGCCAUCUCAGGAAGUACGCAUGCUCGCCCGCAUGACAGACCUCGUUUCCGCCUCUCAUUCGAUCGCCGCGUUUGUCUCCUUCCUUGUAUUCUUAGUGAAUGGCCGAUAUCGGACCCUGGUCGACCGCGUGCUUCGUAUGCGCUUGAUUCCACCUUCUGCACAGGCGAGCCGUGAGGUGUCAUUCGAAUACCUUAACCGUCAACUUGUGUGGCACGCGAUGACCGAAUUUCUCCUCUUCCUUUUGCCGCUCGUGGGUAUCAGUCGGUGGCGUCGAUGGCUCUCCAGACUGUGGCGGAAGACACUGUCUACCCUCAAAUCGGGCAGCGAGGACGAAGAACAAACCGGAAAGCAGGGAGAAUUGGCCUUCCUUCCAGAAAGGACUUGCGCUAUCUGCUACAAAGACAACAACCCCACGUCCACGACAGAGGGUGAAGCAAUAGCCGCGUCAGCCUCGUCGGGGGGUAUUGUUGGGUCAGCCCAAACGGAUAUAACUAACCCCUAUGAAACUAUACCCUGCGGUUGUAUAUAUUGUUUUGUCUGUAUUGUACAGAAGCUCGAAGGCGAGGAAGGAGAAGGCUGGGUCUGUCUACGCUGUGGCGAGAUUGUGAAGAAAUGCAAACCCUGGAAUGGCGAUGUACUGGAAGAAACGCGACCCCAGUCAAGCUCGGGAAAGAUGGUGGGGUUUGCGGUGGAUGGCGAUGACAGCGGCGCGGACGAACUGGUGGCGGGGGAGAGCACUGGGAAAACAAGCCCAUUGCAGGAGGUGACGUCGGAUGAGGCGCUUCACCACUCAAGUCAAUGGUCGACCAUCGAGAAGGAUGCACUGGAAGAGGUACAAGAUGAGGAAUCAGAGACGAACGGAUCAGUACAGUAGAGAUUCGGCAUCCUGUUUGGAGGUCACUGAGGGUAGCAUUGCAUCGUCUGGCACAUAGCCAGUCUAAGUCCAGUCGUUGGUGUCAUGCUAUGGAUGAUGAUGACAGUUAUUGCUUGGAGUUGGCAAUAAAUGGAAGAUACCCAGCACCUUA